AUGGGACCAACUGAUGUUGUGUUUAAAUGCUACUUUGCAGAUGGUAGCUACAAGUCGAUGCUGAUCAAUGAGAGUGAUAACACUGGCAAGGUGGUGCAGACCAUCAUGGAGAAGGUCACCUUCCCCAAGACAAAGGGUUUGAUGCUGUUCUACGUUCACAGAGAUUCAUCAGGCGAGGUCUACACUGAGAUUGCAGAGAAUGAACAUCCAGGACAGAUAUUUAAAAAAUGGGACAGCGACAAGUCGAUGAUGAACUUUAAGAUGGUGUUUAAGAGGAAGAAGGACGCAUUCAAGUGGAAGGAGGACGAGUUGGUCAGCAUAUCGGCCACGAGUAACGCUCCUCCACCCUCAGUCACCGUGUCACACACGCCACAAAAUGCGAGCGCAAAUGCCAAGCCACCCUCGCGUCCACCACCCUCGCCCACCUCUGUGCCCAAUGGCGCAGACGAGGGAGUGCGCCACCCCGCGCCACCUCCCCGCCCCAGCGCCGCCAAUCCCAUCAUGGCCGAGCUGUCGCUCAAGCGUGCCGCGCAGGACAAGGUGCUGCUGCGUCAGGUGCCACGCAAGGAGCAGAGCCAGAUGGCCAUCAUCCAGUGGGUGAACAAGAAGCUGGAGGAGGGUGGCAAGGACUCGCGCAUCGAGAACCUCGAGAGCGAUCUGAAGGAUGGCACGGUGUUGGCCGUGCUGCUCGAGUGUCUGAGCGGGCUGGCCAUCAAGGACUUCAACAGGAAUCCCCAGACCAAGAUACACACCGUGGAGAACCACAACAUCAUCAUUCGUUACCUCAAGGUGCUCGGAGUCAAUCUGGUCAACAUCACUGGCGAGGAUCUCUGGGAGUCGCGUCCCGAGACCAUGAUGAGGAUCAUGGGUAUCAUUAUCAAACAUUUUACAGAGUCCAAUCCAAAGGCUAGAUUAUCAGCGAUUGCUGGUCAACAGCAGCAACAGCAGCAGGGUGGUGCCAGUCCAAUCAGGAGACCACCAGUGCCUGUCAGAGCACAUAAUGGUGACACAACAGCUGAGGUACCUCCACCCCUUGCCGAUCCAAACCUCAAGCCACCACCAAUGAGGAAGAUGCCCGCCAAGCCAUCGGCAGGCUUCGUUCCAAAGCCACCACCCGCUGUGGCCAAGCCAAUCACACAUACUCCACCAACAGAGUCUGCCGGCGUGUCCGCCCCAGCUCCACAGCCAAUGAAGAGACCAGCUGUCAAGCCACCUCCUCGUGUCCCCGCUCAGAAUGGCAACCAUCCAGUCGCCUCACCACCCCAGCAACAGACACCUCCACAACAGCCACCUCGCAUGGCCAAGCCAGCACCUCCACCACCUACACAAGCCAGAGGCAAGCCAGCUCUACCACCAAGAGCUCACAAUUCCCCGGCACCAUCCAAUGCCGCUGCCGACCUGCCACCACCUCCACCACCCAUCUCCAACAUGCCCCUGCCACCAAUGCCAUACGAUCUUCCACCUCCUCCACCACCUCCCGCCUCCAGCGUUGAUCUGGAUCAUAUCGUAUCGCCAUCCAGGCUGCCGCCUCCACCAAUGCCCAUCUCCGAGCCAUACAACGACGAGUACGACACGACCACCACCGCACCACCUCCACCCCUCCCAUCUACACUCCCAUCGACACUGCCUCCAUCGCCACCAAGGAAGCUCUCCAAGCCACCUGCGCCAGCAGCCAGAUCUAUCGUCCCACCUCCCGCACCAGUGGCAGAGCCAGAGCCAGAGCCAGAGCCCGAGCAUCAUUACGAAGAAGAAUAUAACAACAACACAACUACAACAGAUUAUACAGAUGCUACACAGGCAGACUAUCAAGACACAACAUACGAUUACGUACAGGAUGACAAUGCAGCGUUGGACAAACCAGUUGACGAGCUGACCUUUGAGGAUCUAGAGUCGAUCAUCAACAACAACACUCUGACCUUUGAGGAUCUGCUCAAGGAGCACAACCUGGAGAUGCCAAACGAGUCAAGCUACGACAUGGGCAACGACCAAGCCGGCGGCGACGGCGCCAAAGAUAACGACCUGGACGAUCUACUUGACAGGCUUGCUCGAGGUGAAGUCUAA